GCGGGCCGGGGCGGGGCGCGGCGCGUCAGGGCCGAGCGGCGCGCGAUGCUGGCGGCGGCGGGCGGCUCGGGCCCCGGCGGCUCCGGGCCGGGCCUCGGCGGGGACGGGGACUUCCUGUCGCGGUACCGGCUGGUGUCGGCCAAGCUGCGGCGGCGGUUCCUGCGGAAGCCGAACGUGGCGGAGGCGGCGGAGCAGUUCGCGGCGCUGGCGCGGGAGCUGCGCGCCCAGGAGAGCCUGCCCUACGCGGCCUGGUGCCAGCUGGCCGUGGCGCGCUGCGCCCAGAGCCUCUUCCACGGCCCCGCCGAGGCGGCCGCCCUGGCCGAGGCGGCGCGGCUCUUCCUGCGCCAGGAGCGGGACCUGCGGCAGCGCCUGGGGCUGCGCGGCGGCUUCGGCGAGCACGUGGCGGCGGCGCAGAGCUGCGGCGCCUUCGCCGCCCGCCUGCACCUGGAGCGGGGGCAGCCGGCGCUGGCGGCCGGGCUGUGCCUGGAGCUGGCGGCGGCGCUGCGCGAUACGGGCCGGCCCGCCCGCGCCGCCGCGCCCCUGCAGCGGGCGGCCGAGCUGCUGGCGGCGGCGCGGCUGCCGCUGGAGGCCCUGCGCUGCCUGGCCGAGCGCGCCUCCUGCCUGCUGCUGGGCCGCGACUACGCCGGCGCGCUGGCGGCGCUGACGCGGGCGCAGGCGCUGGCCGGGGCCGGGCUGGGCCCAGGCGGCGGCGGCGGCGGGGCCGCGCCCGGCGGCGCCUUCCUGGACGUGCUGGCGCGCUGCGAGGUGUCGCGGGUGCUGCUGCUGCUGCUGCUGCAGCCGCCGCCCGCCAAGCUGCUGCCCGAGCACGCCCGGACGCUGGAGCAGUACUGCUGGGAGGCGGCGGAGGGCGGCGCGGCGCCGGGGCCUGGCGGCGGCGGGGCGGGUGGUGGGCUGCCGCCGGCAGCGAGCUACCUGCCGGCCGAGCUCUUCCUGCUGCUGCAGUCGGCCGUGCUGGCGUGCCAGGAGAAGGACGCGGAGGCGCUGAAGGUGCUGCAGGCCGAGCUCUGGCCGCUGCUCAGCGCCGAGCAGAACCACCUGCUGCACCUGGUGCUGCAGGAGAUGCUCAGCCCCGCCGGGCAGGGGCUCUGAGCGCCGCCGCUGCAGGGCCUUGCCGGGCUCAGCCUUGCUGCGCGUGGCCUCGUCGUUUAUUCCUAAUGCCGGUUCUGUAACGGGAGCGAGUAGCGCUUGACAAGCAAGCGUGCUCCUCACUCGCUCGUUCCUUGUGUUCCACCAUAAACCACCCACGUGCUGUUUGUGACCGAAGCCACCGCACCAAGCACAUGUCACCCCAGAACCAAGGGUCCGGUUCGGUGUGGUCCCGGGCUGUUCCUGACAGAACCGGCGGCAGCCUGCGGGCAGGAAAACUCUGUAGUAGGAGAUCGCCUGGGGUGCACGUGCUGGAGGGGUUGCCCAUCUAGGAGCUGAAUGUUGCUGGAGUUUCUUUUAAAAAAGGAAAAAGAAAACAAGCACAUGAAAAUGA